UUUCCACCUGACAGAGGCAGGGACAAGCGGUAGGAAAUGGACAGAUGUUUGGCAGCGAAGGAACUCGCACAAAUCUCCUUUUGUGAUUUAAACACAAUGCAGGAGCACCUGCGUUAAGGGGGCGUGGCUUAAACUCCCGACUAGGAAGUGAGGAGCAGCAGCAGGCCCUUCUUGGCCAGCCAUGCGCUCUUCCCCACUGAGAGAUGAGUUCCCUGGAGCGCCAAGAGGAAUCCUUCUUGCUCAAGGCGUCAAGCAUGCAGCCAUGCAGCCAUCUCUGCUCUGCAUGCACCGGAACAGCUGGAUGAGGGUGGCUUCAUCCAGGGGAAAGGAGAGAGAGCGGAGAAGCUGAAUUCCAGCGAAUUAAUCACCGUCUGUUCCGCUGAACGAGAGCGAGAAGCAGAGAGAGAGAGAGGAGGGUGAGCCUGACGCAGUGUGAUCACCACAAACUGAGAGGAGGCGGCGAAGGAGCGAGACCGAGGAAGAAGAGGCAGCGCUUCCUAUCACUCCAGGCGCCCUUCAGCAUCCCGAAAGCCGCGCAGCCUUCCCUGCAGUGACCUCGGUUUGGGGGCGGGGGGAAGGCACAGCACACUCCCGACCCGCCAACAACGAAGCCCAGCGCGGAGGAACGACCCCCGGGAGGAGACGCCGGCGUCGGCGGACGAUGAAAAAGAGCACCGCCGACUGAACAAAGAAGGCGCCGCGAGCAGAUGCGAGGAAAGCCUCCGCUGUGAAAUAUCAUCCAGGGAUGGAAAGAAGUCGGAGAGACUGAGGAGCAGGACACAGCUCGCACACCAAAGAUCCGGUCUGCACCCAAAAUUGGCAGCGCUGAGCAAUGAGGAAGAGGGACAGGAAGUGCUCGUCCAAUCAGCGAGGCCGACACCCACUAAGGACAUGAGGACCGACCAAUCUGGACCCAUUUAAACCCCAGAAGAGCCUACUCCUGACACAAGAUUGUGACGUUCAAAUGCCGUCCUCUAGAAGUAAAUGUCCAACGGCGAGCGCCUCUUGGCGGCUUUCUCCCAUGGAUACCUUAGCGGUGUCCCCUCGGAACCGGAGGGCAGAACCGGGACAGCCGAGACAAGGCAGGACUUCUUGGUCGGCGUUUUUCGGCUGGAUCGCCCUGCUGUCCGUUUUGGGGUUACCUACAGUGGCAGCCGAUUGCUGGCUCAUCGAGGGAGAGAAAGGCUUUGUGUGGUUGGCCAUCUGCAGCAUGAACCAGCCGCCCUUCGAGGCCAUACCCUCGCACAUCAACAGCACCAUCGUGGACCUGAGGCUGAAUGAGAACAAGAUCCGCUCCGUCCACUAUUCCUCUCUCAGUCGCUUCGGCAACCUCACCUAUCUGAACCUCACCAAGAACGACAUCAGCUACGUGGAGGACGGAGCCUUCUCGGCGCAGUUCAAUCUGCAGGUUCUGCAGAUGGGCUUCAACAAACUGAGGAACCUGACGGAGGGAAUGCUGCGAGGGCUGGGCAAGCUGCAGUACCUCUACCUGCAAGCCAACCUCAUCGAGACGGUCACGCCCAACACCUUCUGGGAGUGCCCCAACAUCGAGAACGUUGACCUCUCCAUGAACAAGAUCCAGGUGCUGGACGGCAGUUUGUUCUCCGGACUUUCCAAGCUGACCACCUGCGAACUUUACACCAACCCCUUCAACUGCUCCUGCGAGCUGCUGGGCUUUCUGCGCUGGCUCGGCGCCUUCCCGAACAGGACCAGCGAGAGGAUGGUGUGCGACUCCCCUCAAGGGUUCUCAGGGUACAACCUCCUGAGCCAAAACCCCCGCAUGCCCGCGCAACGCAACGCCCUGCACGUGCUCAGCCUGGUGUGCACGGACGUCGGCGGUAACGCCACCUCUUUCUACAACGGCCUGCUGGACGCCACCACCCUGUCCCCGGACUUCUCCCCCUGCGGACUCGACGACUGCGCUUCGGGCACGCCCCCCGACGAGGUGAUCUAUCACACCAUAUUCACGGAAACCAACCCGGUCAUGACGUUGAAACAGGUGCAGCACUCCAGCGCUGUGAUUACGGUGGAGAUCCCUCAUCCGUACAGGAAAAUGUACAUCCUGAUGCUUUACAACAACAGCUUCUUCACAGACAUCCAGAAGCUGAAGAAACAGAGAGAAGAUGUCGAGGUGAAGGACUUGAAACCCAACACGGACUACACGUACUGCGUGGCCUCCAUACGCAACUCUUUACGCUUCAACCACACGUGUCUGACCAUCUCCACCGGCCGCCGGGGAGGACCAGAAAGGGUCGCCAAUCAGUCGUCAGCGACACACUACAUUAUGACUAUUCUGGGAUGCUUAUUCGGAAUGCUGCUCUUCCUCGGACUUGUUGUCCACUGCCUGAGGCGGAGGAGGAUCAUGGAGGAAAAGGAGCGCAAGAUGAGCAGGAUCCAGAGGACUCUGAUAGAGCUCAAGUACGGCGGCGAUGGGGAUAUCGAAGAAGGGAGUGGCGGUCCUGUUUCUCAGAAACUUUCCAGCGGGGACAGUCUGUCCAGGAUGCCCUACCUACCUCACGGUGCUGAGAUAGAUCCAUACCAGCUGCAGGAGGUGGUGGAAACGCCGCCUCACAAGCUUGCUAAGCUCAACUACAUGGACGUCCGGGGGUCUGGUAUGGAGCGGGAGAGGGAGCGGGAGAGGGAGAUGUCGCCGCAAGCCAACCCCCAGGGAUCCGUUGCCGAGAUCUCCACCAUCGCUAAAGAAGUGGAUAAAGUCAAUCAGAUCAUCAACAACUGCAUCGACGCGCUCAAGUCUGAAUCUACCUCCUUUCAACAGGGCAUCAAAUCCCCGUCUUCGGCAGGCGGAGGGGCCGUGUCCACAGCAGAGCCACAGUUGGUGCUCCUCUCUGAGCAAGGAGAACGAGGAGAGUUCCUCUCGCCGGUCUACAAGGGUGGAAGAGGAGGAGGCCGAGGCUACCAUCACUCACUGCAGCGACACCACAGCAUGGAGGCCCCGGUCUCCAAGAGGCCCAGCACAUCCUCGUCUCCUGGUUCUACCCGGAGCCCUCGCUCCUUCCACUCUGAGGGAGCCUACCACGCCUCAGACACUCACUACAUCGAGAGAACCUCGCCUGGAGACAGAGGAGACAGGGGCGGCGAAGAGACCAUCCGCACUGUCAACCCGGCAGCGGCUAUCCUACGGGCCGAGGCCCAGAGGAUCCGCCAGUACCACGAGCACCGCCACUCCUACCCCGGCUCCCAGCAGCACCUCCAAGAACUGCAGCACCACCCUCAGAUCAUGCAGGAGCUCCACUACCACCCCGGCGGACGCAAGCCCUCCACGUUGGACCCCCUCACGCUCAGCCGGCAGGCCAAGCAGCGGGAGCUGGCCUACUCGCAGCUGGCGCCGCACUACGCUUUGGCGCCGCAGUACCACAACCUCAGCUACUGCUCCAGUCCCGAGGAGGACGAGGAGGAGGAAGAGGAAGGGCUACUAUGCACCCCGACCCUCGGACUGUGGGAGCGCUUCAAACUGCACCGCAAGAGGCACCGGCAGGCGUCCAUGGAGGACGAGGGCUACGUGGCGGCCGGGCACGCGCUGCGGCGGAAGGUUCAGUUCGCUAAAGACGAGGAUCUCCACGACAUUUUGGACUACUGGAAGGGGGUGUCGGCCCAGCAGAAGGCCUGAGAGGAAACCACACUGUGGACACGCACGGACCUGUAAAUAAAUACACACAAACACAACGACCAGGAAGUGACGGAAUCAACACACGCGUCUUUCAAAGCCUUCUCACAAACAUGGAGGACCAAAGUGGUUAUAUCCAACCACAGAAAUCGUAACUUGUAGUGAUCUCUUUUCUAAUCUAAUGGAACUCGCAGCUCUAACUUAUGUAGCUCUUUGUAUGUUUCCGUCCCGGGCGGGACAAAGCUAGCGGGCAAACACGUCCUGGAGUUUGACUUCGCUUAGACAGGAAGGGACAGACUUUGCUUUUACACUCAGUGAGAGGAAGGACAUUUUCAGGACGGGUCGCUCGGCCACGCCAACGCUCCUUUUCCACGGCACUACUCAUUAGUGACGCGGUUUCACGGGCUAACCCGAGGACCAUCAGGGACUACCGGGUACUGUUUCUAGGCACACUGCAGCUUGGUCGCGCUUCAUUGUAUCAAAAAUCUGCACACCUGCAUUUUUACACUCCCACCUCUUCCCUUGAACCAAACACCAGAGACUAGGGUUGUGACCAUUUUGAAGAUAAACUACACCCCACGGUUAGUAAUACCCUUUUAAAUUAAAAUGGUCAUUAAACUGUGAUUGAUAACCGCACUUUAAAGGGGAACUGCACUUUUUCUAGAAAUUUGCCCAUCGUCCACAAUCAUUAUGAGAGACAGGAACACAUAUGUCUUUUGUGAGGAUUUUAAAGAUGAUAAAAAACACUAAUAGGAUUCACUGUUGUAGCCUUUAAAGCCUCUAAAACAACUUCAAAAGCCUCCAUCAACGUUUUGUAUACCAUACUUGCCAACCCUCCUGAUUUUUUCGGGAGACUCCCGAAAUUUCAGUGCCCCUCCCGAAAAUCUCCCGGGGCAACCAUUCUCCCGAAUUCCUCCCGAUUUCCACCCGGACAACAUUAUUGGGGGCGUGCCGUGAUGGCACUGCCUUUAGCGUCCUCUACAACCUGUCGUGGCGUCCGCUUUUUCUCCGUACAAACAGCGUGCCGGCACAGUCACAUAAUAUAUGCGGCUUUUACACACACACAAGUGAAUGCAAGGCAUACUUGAUCAACAGCCAUACAGGUCACACUGAGGGUUGCCGUGUAAACAACUUUAACACUGUUACAAAUAUGCGCUACACUGUGAACCCACACCAAACAAGAAUGACAAACACAUUUCGGGAGAACAGCCGCAUCGUAAAACAACAGAACAAAUACCCAGAAUCCCUUGCAGCCCUAACUCUUCCGGGCUACAAUGUACACCCCCGCUACCACCAAACCCCCCC